UUGCAGCAGUACUCUUCAAUCCAAUAUGGCCAUGAACACAGAUCAUGAUCACCACUAUCUUGAAGUAGUUGAUCAAGGUGACGAGCAUGAUAAUAAUGAUAUUCUCUAUGCAGAAAUCAGGAGACAGAUUUUGCUUUUGACAGCAGAUGAGGAUGAUGAAGAUUUUCAGAAAACCAGAAGGAGAAACUCCUCUGGUGUUGCCAAAGGAAGAAGCUCAAAAAACAGCUUGACUUCUGCUUGUAGUUACCCUGCUAUAUUACAACCUGGAAGCUAUUUCAACUGGUGGGAAAAUGAGGACACUAAUUCAGCACCUGCGUGGCUCCUGAACCUGUGGAAAAAUGGCAAUGGAACAGGAGUUUUCAUCCCUCAGAUUGUCAAAUCCAGAACUUAUUAUAAGCCAGGUCGGAUGAAUAGAAGAAUGUACAAGCGGGUCGAGAACAUGUAUCAUGAACAAAUCAAGAGUCGAAGAACCCAGAAAUAGACUACACCACAUCAUGGAAGAUGGAUGCAAGCCAAUAUGAUAGGAUGGAAAGUAAACAACUACAUAGGUUGAUCUAAAACAUAGAGUACUGCAGAUCAUGAAUACUGUAAUGUUGGAAAUAAAAUCAACUGCUGCAACAGUGGCAGCGCCUCUGGAAAAUUCUACCUCAUUAUUAAUCAAGACUGAUCUAUAGCAACAUGCAUGAUAAUGAAACGGAAUGGU